UGCUGUGACCCAGAGUUCUGGAGCCCAUGCUUCUGGAGUUGAGGAUUCUGGAAUCCCUGUUUCUCUGAAGGGGACUCAAGGAGCUUCUGUGUGGUUUCAUGUGAUCAGAAGUCCAGAAUUACCUCCAGAGGUCGAGCUGGAGAAGAUUUCAUGGGGCAUUGUAUCCGGGUCAUACUACAUAGCCAUGCUGCACGUGUUUCCUGGGAGAGAUGUUCCAGAAUGGGUCAACUUGCAGGACAAGUUCGAGAAGAGGGUCCAUGUGCUCAACGUAACGACCCUGAGGAUUGAUAACCUGACCCUUGAGGACAGUGGGCGGUACCGGGCUCGAGAGUCCUACAGGAGAGGAAGACAGCAUGACCAGGAUUUCCACCUGAGGGUCUACGAGCCCGCGCCUCUUCCCCAGAUCCGGGCCACGGUUCUGUCCCUCACACCAGGCUGGUGCAACGUCACUGUGGAGUGUGACACCACGGGAACCAGGGAGGACCUGAUCGUGUCCUGGGAGAGCGAGGGUCUCCCCAAGGAGCUGGAGCAGAGACCUUCCCCAGGACCAGUCCCCAACCCCUGGACCCUGGCUGUGAACCUGCCCCUGAGCCAGCCCAGCUCCAGCCUCACCUGUGUGGUCAGCAACCAGGUGGACCAGAAAACUGCCACCCGGGGCCUUGGGAACAUUUGUGGCCACAGUGAGUACAUCCUGCCAGAGGGGAGGGGCUCUCCGGGAGCUCAGGCAGCCCUGGGUGAGGGUUCCCGGCCUCUGUCUUCCACGUUUAUGUCACCACCUGCUACCUGGUCACACUCCAGGACUCUGGCAGGCACAUCCAACAUGCUCUUGCCUUUCUCAGUGUCCCUCCCCUUCCUCCCUACCUCUCACCCCUGCUGGUCCAGGCAGCACCCAGCAGGUACCUUUCCCCACCCUCAUCCAUCAUUCCCUGUGUGUCCAGGGUGGUUUUCAGGAGAAGCGAGUUGGGGGUGUCAGUGGUCUGUGCCAUCUGAGGGGUCUGAGCCAGUGAAUCAGGAUUCAGGGCUCGGGGUUCCUCUGCCCGUUUCUGGUCUCACGGACAUACUUCACACCCACCUGCUUGCCUGCAUUCCCGGCUGGGUCCUGCUGUCCUCAGCUUCCAGCCUCGGCUCAGGCCCCUCCCUCUGCCCUUGGCCCUUCCAAAUCAGGAGUCCUCCACUCCCCCACUUCUUCCUGUCCAGGGACCCCUUCCCUGUAGCUGGCUCGGGGACCCUGUGAUCCAAGCAGUCCCACAGGGCCACGUGCUGGGUGCA